AUGGGUGACUUCCACAAGAGUGUCGAGCUUAUCAAGUCCUGCAACGCACUGUCCGACGCACGAGAUGUGGAGCGGUCCACUCGGCUCGUCUAUUCGGAUCCACUGCCCGCUUACCUCUCGAAUCUCCUCAUCCAAAUGUACAGCCGGUGUGGAAGCAUCCACCACGCGAAAGAGAUCUUCGAUGGCAUCCAGGAGAAAGAUCGCUACUCCUGGAACUUCAUGCUCACAGCUUAUGCCCGGCACAGCUACGUCAGGGACGCUGAACGGCUCUUUAAUACCAUGCAGUGGCGGGACCAGGUGGCGUGGACUUCCAUGCUCACGGCAUAUGCCCAGACCGGGCAUGUUGCCCAGGCCAAGGGUCUGUUUGACCAGAUGCCGGACAGGGGAUUGGUCGCGUGGACUGCCAUGUUGACUGGAUUUGCGCAGAACGGACACAUUGACGGCGCAAAGGACAUGUUUGACCGGAUGCCGUACAGGGACAUUGUGACGUGGAAUGCCAUGCUGGUGACGUAUGCCCAGAACGGGCAUGUGGACGCUGCAAGGGACGUCUUUGACUCCAUGCCGUACAACGACCUGGCGUCGUGGAACGGGCUGCUGCAGGCGUACGCGAGGGUGGAGCGUACGGAGGAGUGCGACCGCGUGGUCAAAUCAAUGCCCAUGGUCAACCUGAUGACGUGGACGACGUUGCUGGCCGUGCAUGCCCAGGCCGGGCAUCUGGAGAGGGCCCAGGAGGUGUUUAAUGGCAUCCCGGAGUGGAAUCUUAUCUCCUGGACUGCGAUAAUGGCGGCAUAUUCCAGGCACGGUGAGCUAGAGCAGCUCAAUCGGAUGUUUCGCAAGGUUGACGAGAGAGAGAAGGACGUGGUUUUGUGGAACACCGUGUUUGUGGCUUACGCGCAGAAUGGGAAUUUGGAGAUGGCCAGAGCGCUCUUUGAUCAGAUGCCAAAACGUAACAUUGUCUCGUGGACUGCGAUGCUCUCGGCUUACAUGCAGUGGGAUUGCUUUGAGGAAUCGAAGCUCCUGUUUGAUCGGAUGCCCGAGUGGAAUCUUGUGGCACACAAUGCAACGCUCGCGGCGUAUGCGCAAAUUGGUGACACGGCCUCGGUGAAGAGAAUGUUCGAUGCCUUGGCCGAGAGAGACUUGUUCUCGUGGACAGCUAUAAUAUCGGCAUAUGCCCAGGCUGGGAAUCUGGAUGAAUCUUUGCGACUGUUUUCUAGGAUACAACAGUGUAAUUUGGUUUUGUGUAAUGCAAUGCUUAGUGCGCAUGCCUCAAAUGGAGAUUUGGAGGGGGCAAAAAGGUUUUUGUCACAAAACAUGGCUGUGUGGGAUGUUUUCUCGUGGAACACUAUGCUCACUGGAUAUGCGCAAAGUGGACAAGUGGAGGAGGCCAAAGAAAUAUUUGACACGAUGCCCGGCAGAGAUUCUGUGACGUGGAAUGCCAUGCUUGCGCGCAUAUUCUAUGGUAUACCGGAUAAAAAUCUGGUGACUUGGAACUCCAUGCUAACUGCAUAUGCCCAAAACGGUCAUUUGGAGACGGCAAGUGUUGUUUUCAACCGGAUGGUGAUUAGAAAUCUAGUGACCUGGAACACCAUGCUAGCAAUGUAUGCCCACUGUGGACAUUAUCAACUUGUUCUGGAUAUUUUCAAGGAGAUGAUAUCUCAAGGAAUUAAACCUGACGAGAGCUCGUUUGUUUUGGUUUUGGUUGCUUGCAGCCACGGGGGUGAUGCUCAUGUGGGUAUUAAUUUUUUCAGAUCUUUUAUUGUUGAUUAUGGUACCUUGGAUCCUUCAAAGGUUCUUUACGGUUGCAUUGUGGAUCUACUUGCACGGGGAGGGUAUCUUGUUCACGCAGAAGACCUCAUCUUGCAUAUGCCCUUUUUGCCAGACUCAAGGGAUUGGAACUGCUUACUUAGCUCUUUUGCUAACUUUAACAGGCAGCUUAGUAAAAAUCCCGAGAAAUCUCUGUUUCCAGGUAGACAAAGAUCUGGGCUUGAUCUAGAUCUGAAAAGUGCUGCCCCUUAUGUUCUCUUGUCUAACAUGUUUAAGGCUGUUAGGUUGUGA